AUAAUAAUUUAUACAUUCAAAAUGACUGAUGUGUGUGACAAUGUCAGCCUCAAAGACAGUGUGCCUAUAGAUGAUUCAAUAAUUUUUAAGAAUAUCGAACAAUUCACAACAAAAAAUGAUUCAGCUAUAGUGGCAACGUCAUCACAAAUCAAUCCACCAAGCAUUUUAGACUUUUGCAUUGUCAAACCAAUUUCAAAAGGAGCAUUCGGAAAAGUGUUUCUCGGUUACAAAACUACGAAACCAAGUCAAUUAUAUGCAAUUAAGGUCAUGAAAAAGUCUGAAAUGAUCAACAAGAAUUUAGUGUCGCAAGUCAUAACCGAGCGUAAUGCUCUCGCUUUAUCGCAAUCACCUUUUUGUGUCACACUCUUCUAUUCAUUGCAAAGCACAUCUUCAAUCUAUCUUGUCAUGGAAUAUAUGAUUGGUGGAGACUUAAAGUCGUUAUUAGCCAUGUACGGGUUUUUUGACGAGAACACAUCGAGAUUUUAUUGCGCUGAGAUAUUACUAGCACUUCAAUAUUUACACCAACAUGGAAUUGUUCACAGAGAUAUUAAACCUGACAAUAUGCUCGUUUCAUCGACUGGUCAUGUGAAAUUAACUGACUUUGGAUUGAGCAAAAUUGAUUUGAGUCGUGACUUAGAGAUGUCAGACUUGAUAAAUGGCUCUCCUAGUCUCAAUGCACGAACACCAGGGCAAAUAUUAUCGUUAACAUCUCAUCUUUCUUUCGGAUCGAAUGACAAGAAAAUAGCUGAAGUAAUUGAAAGGGAAAUUGAUGCAUCAAAACUUGAAAGCACACAUUUGAAUGAUAGUAAAAUGUCUGGUGUGUCGCCUUUCUUCUCAGCUGAAGACAUCAAUUUAUCAACCACAAGUCGACUUUCAAGAAUUAUUGAAUCGUCAUCAGGUUCAAGUUAUGAGACAGCAAAAACUUCACCAUCAAGUUCAGAUAACUUUACAUCGUCGUCAAAUGAAAUUCGUUUACAAAUGGAUUCGGACAGUGAUAAAGAAAAUGGAUUAAAGAAUCAAAGCUUCUCUAUGAUCCCGAUUAAACGUGUUGCUUUUCGAUUUCAUGAAGAUUCCGGCAUUUCAAGUAAGAAAGAUGACACUUCAGGAAACACAAACAACGAUUACUCGUCAGGACAUUACAAUCAUUCCAAUUCAACAGCGUCUGACUUUUCCAGAAGCAAUUGCAGUGAUAAAAGUAAACACGAGUUGCAUUCACCAAUUCGUCCUUUCAGUCGUGCAUUUAAAAGACCAGAUCAUCAACGUGAACUUUCAAUUCCACGAAAACGAACUUUAACGCAUCGAGCUGAUUUCUCGAUUGAUGGUGGCAGUGAGUCUGGCCAACACACUGGUUUGACACAAGAAAUUGAAAUAUGCAUGGACAUCAGCAACAGCGCAUCAAAGAGACACAAAUCUAAAGAUACUUCACCAAUAUCGAAAGUGAAAUCAUCGCCUGAUGGUGAGAUCAGUGUAAGUGCCAUAAAUCCAAAUGUGAUUGUUUCAACGCCAGUUUCAACGCAAAAGAUUACAAGAGGAAAGAACAAAAAGAAGAACAUGCUGCGAUUUGCUGUUCCACAUUGUUCUCUUGAUCGUCUACCGAAACAAGUGCAAUAUGUCGAGCAUGAUGAUCCAGCAAUGUCGCCGAUUCAAAGAGGAAAGAAUGUCAAUGAAGUUACACCGAAAAUGGUCAAAACGCCUUUUCGUACACCAAAAUCUGUUCGCCGUGGUAUUAUGGAAUCACAUGAAAGAAUUCUUGGAACUCCAGAUUAUCUCGCACCAGAACUUUUAUUGUUACAAGGACAUGGAAAAGAAGUCGACUGGUGGGCACUUGGCGUUUGUCUUUAUGAAUUUAUGACUGGAAUUCCUCCAUUCAACGAUGAAACACCGCAAAAGGUCUUUGAGAAUAUUUUAAGUCGAAACAUUGAAUGGCCGAUUGGUGAUGAAGCACUUUCUGAUGAAGCAAUGGAAGCUGUUGAAGCGAUGUUAACAAUGUCACCAACUGCUCGUCCUUCUGCUGAUGAAUGUAAAUUGAUGAAAUUCUUCAAUUCAAUCAACUUCGACGACAUACAAAACACUGAACCUCCUUUCGUGCCAAAUCCUGAUGAUCCUUUAGAUACAGGAUAUUUCAAUGCUAGAAAUGAGAUGCAACAUUUAAAGUUGUCAAAUUUUGAAAUGAGUUAAAUACAGUAAAUGUGAAGAUUGAAACACGUGACAUUUAAAUUGGAAUGAAAAGUAAAUUAAUUCGACAAUUAAAAGCAGGAUUAAACUUUGUUUCAUGUCACUUUUUGAUAGUCUCAAUAUUUAUGCAACUUCAAUUCACUUCAACAUUAAAAGCAUUUCAUAUAUUGUUUAAUAUUUUAUAGAUAAAAAAGCUUACUUAGUCACAAUGUUGAAAACAAAAGACUUGAUGAUAUUGGAAAAUGUUUUUGAAUAAAUAUCUAUGAUAGAAAAUGAAAAUUUUAU